AUGGCUUCUGCUGUUCCUUCCGCGCGGAGUGCCUAUCGCCAGCUCCUUCGCAGCACCCGCGUUGCUUUCCGCGAGGAUGUCCGUGUGAUGAUCGGCGCUCGUAAAGAGGCCCGUCAGCAGUUUGACAGUCAUCCGCGGGUAGGCAUCGACACGCCUAUGCAGAUCAACCAUGCCCUGGAAGUGGCGGACAUCUUGAAACACAACCUCGUCCAGGGGGUGAGGGAAGACGGCAAUGAAGACGCCAAAUGGCAACUUCGCAUCCACGAGGAUAUCGAGCGCGGCGAUAACGACUCGAUCAAGAUCGGGGGAAAGAGCGUCAAGGUUGACAAGGCGUGCUCGUCAUAA